ACGCUCACGCGAAUGAGAGUAGACUGUACAGUUACACCAUGGCUCCUAUAGACCCGCCGAAUCACAAUAUUCCUUCCGACGACGAUCUCGACGCCAUCCUCAAUGGAACACUAGAUGGCAAAGACAUCUUCGACACGAGUAACAUUGAAGCGCAAUCUUCUCUACCGACUGCGAACAAGAAGUUAACCGGCGACGAUGUGUUGGGCUUGGAGGAGGAGAUCAAGGUCACAAAGACAAAACAACCAAUCCCCAAGCUUGACGGUGAGCUUCUCCUCUCAGAUCUGGGCAUACCAAAGCUGCGCAAAAUAUCAAAAGAUAGGUUGAAACUCAAAGGGAAGGGACAUGAGUAUGGCGAUGUCGCGCGACUCCUUAAUAUGUACCAGUUGUGGCUUGACGGCUUAUACCCUCGUGCGAAGUUUGCGGAUGGUCUCUUCAUGAUUGAGAAAUUAGGCCACACAAAGAACAUACAAAUGAUGAGGAAGGAGUGGAUAGAUGAGGGCAGGCCAAAGAAUAAAUCAGACCAUGAAGACGAAGUCCAAGACGAAAUUAUGGCAGGCCAACCCGCACGGGAUAGCGCUGAGACGGGGCCCGUUACAGACGAUGAUGGGCCACGCGAAAAGCAGCCCGAAAGACAAGAACCGGCAAACCAGACUGGAGGAACAAUAGGGUUGGGCGACAUAGGCCCGGACGAAGACGAACUAGACGCUCUACUGGCUGAGGGCGAAAGUGGAGGUCAUCGGCCCAAUUUGACAACGACUGGUAAUGAUCCGUUCGCUGAUGACAUGGAAGCGAUGGCAGAGAUGGGAGAUAUGUGGUAG